GUUGCUAGGGCGUUGCUUGGUUACGUCUUGGCAAGGCUCGCGUGGUUCCUUUGAUCUACACCUCUAUCCUAUUUUGCACUCGAGGGGUAGCUAGGAUCCUCAGUAAAUCCACCUCGCAUCGAGCAAGGACAGUUUACGCCCUGGACGAACUGACAUUCAUGUGAGCUUCCCUAGGUAAGGGCUUUUCCCUGACUCGGUGGAUGCAUAAGGUGCACAUGCCACAUUGUGCAAGCAGCAACGGAGAUAAUUCUUCAUCCCAUUCAGCCUCCGAGUCCCGAUCGAGGCGGUAAGCGACGGUCCUUCAGCCACCGAAUCCCGAUUGGCGGGUCCAGGAUCGCAACUGCACUGCAGGCCCUGGUAUAAGAAUGAACGCAGGAACGUGUGUUCUGCAUCCGCCGCCUUCCCCCCUCUCCCUUCUACUGCAAUGCCCAGCCACUCCCCACUCUCCUUCUUCUCUCUGCUCGCGCUUGUCGCGCUGCUCUUCUCAGCCACGUUUGGCUCUGCCUCGCCCGUGGAGAAGCGCAGCGCCCGCACGAGCCCUCCCUCUGGAGCGGUCGUCGUGAAUGUUGCGGGCGGAAGUGGCGUGCACACCACGGUCUCCUCGGCCGUGGCCGCGCUCCCGAACGACAACUCGGCGCGCACGAUCUUCAUCUACCCUGGCACCUACAACGAGCAGGUGUUCAUCACCCGGCCUGGAAUGACGACGAUCUACGGUUACACCACCAACAACCUCGACCAUGCCCAGAACGUGGUGAACAUCAAGCACUCUGCGUCCGCGUCGGCAGCCGGUGGCGACGAUCCCAGCGGCACGCUCCGAGUGCACAAGGACAACUUUGCGAUGUACAACGUGAACGUCUAUAACACGUUCGGCCAGGGCCAGCAGGCGAUUGCCGUCAGCGCCUACGGCAGCAAGCAGGGUUACUACGCGUGUGGAUUCUACGGGUACCAGGACACGCUCCUCGCCGAGCAGGGCACCCAGUUCUACGGCUACACGUACAUCCAGGGCGCCGUCGACUACGUCUUUGGCCAGCACGCGUUUGCGUUCUUCCAGUCCUGCACUCUGGCGUCCUCUGGCCCCGGUAGCAUCACCGCCGCUGGACCCUCCAGCUCGUCCGAUGGCAUCUACGUCAUUAACAAGGCGACCAUCGAGGUUGCCCCGGGAACUGGCACGUCUUUGGCCGGGAAGGUCUAUCUCGGUCGCCCCUGGUCUCAGUUCGCUCGCGUAGUCUACACCAACAGCAACAUUGGCGCACACGUCAACGCGCUCGGCUGGGACACCUGGUCCUCCGCCUCCCCCAACACCGCCCACGUCCUCUUCGCCGAGUUCGGCAGCUCCGGUGCCGGAGCCGCUGGCAAGCGGGCCUCGUUCUCCAAGAAGCUGUCCUCCGCUGCUGGCUACACCAUCUCCGAUGUUUUGGGCAGCAGCCACACCUGGGUUGACUCGGGCUACGACCACUAGGAAACUACUCAUUACUACCACUUAUUAGCCUCUUAUUUGACUUUUAAUACAAUACACUCUUUUUAACACA